AUGGCUGCCCGCACAAGAAGACAACAGGCGGCUUUGGCCGCUCAGUCGGAUAGCAAUGAGUCGCCGGCUGGCAAUGGCACAGUGGAAAAAUCACCAAAGAAGACCAGAACUUCGGGCAAGAAGGAAGUGAAGGAGAAUGUAUAUUUGUUUGCCCCUAACCUUAUUGGUAAGGAGCUUCUUCCCGUCUCACGGAUAUGCAGCCCGCUACUUCAACCAGUCCACCACCUUCGGCGCGGUUCUGGAUAUGGUGACGGACCGCUGCACAACUGCGUGUUUACUGGUGUUUCUGAGUCGGCGUGGCCUCGCUGGUCUAUUGUCUUUCAGAGUCUGAUUGCCUUGGAUAUGGCCAGCCAUUACAUGCACAUGUAUGCUACCCUCAGCAUGGGCGGGUCUGGCCAAAGUCACAAGAAGAUCGAUUCUAGCAGGAGCUGGAUCUUGUAUCAAUACUACAACAGCAGAACUGUUCUCUUCAUCUGCUGUGCUCUGAACGAGCUUUUCUUCAUUGGCCUAUACCUUCUUUCGUUCUCGUCUCCUAUUUUGUCUCCAUCCCUUCUCCAACCCGUUUCAGGCUCUGGUUCCGACGCUGCACAUCCGGUCUCGACUCACUCGUUCGCCAGCCCAUGGAGCGCUGGCGCACUCGAGAUGGCCAGGGCCAACAAGAUUGACAGCACCUGGCCUUGGAUUAUCACCGGAAUCUCGGCACCCGUGAUGGCUCUAAAGCAGAUCAUCAACGUGGUACAGCUUGUCAAGGCUAGCAACUGGCUGGUUGAAGGUGACAUUGCCAACCGCAAGGCACAGCGAGCUAAGAAAAACUAG